AUGUCAGGCGACCAGCGAAUCCACCUCGGCGGAUCCUCAAAUACGGAGCUCCCCGCCUUAUGGGAACAGCGUGACGAAACCCACGACGAACGCCCCGCAGCGGUAUCAGAACGCUACUGGCGACUGUUCAACGACCCGGGCUUGGCGCCCCCCGGCGGUGCACCCGCCGACCCGUCGCAAGUGCCACCUGAGGCCUUUCAUGACCUCGCCCACCAGGUCCGAACUUUGACAAGCAUAGUGCAGACCAUCGUCUCCCAGCGAACGUCUUCGCAGGCAGCGCCGCCUUCGCGGCAACAGGAGCCCCCCGCCCGGACUCACGUGCCACUCACAGAACUUCCUGGCUCGCCUCGAAACCCCACAACUCAUCCCGGGAGUCGGGAAGCAGAGGACACGGUGAGCCAUCCCGAACCUGAGGCUCCGACUGUCGAUUCGACGAACGCUCUACGAGCUCAGCUGUGCCUCGUCAGUCAAAGGCUUGACGAGGUACAACAGGAAGUUCGUAAGUCAAAGGGAGAGCUCGGGGCGGACGGACACCGAGGAUCUCCGUUCAUCCCCGAGAUACAGGACCAGGCGAUCCCGCCGCACUUCCACCUCCCCUCACUGGAUGCGUACGACGGCGUAGCCGACCCGGCGGACCACGUGGCUGCUUUCCGGGCCCAGAUGGCGCUAUUCGGGACUUCAGACGCCCUGAUGUGCAGGGCGUUCCCGACGACUCUGCGAGGACCAGCCCGCGCGUGGUACAGCGGCCUGAAGCCAGGGACCAUCGCCUCCUUCGACCAGCUCGCCAAGGAUUUCGAGCUUAACUUCCUGACGUACGCCCGGCCAAAGCCGUCCAUGGCGUUGCUCUUGGGGCUCAACCAGAAGGAGGACGAGCCCCUCUCCCACUUUGUGAACCGAUUUACAACACAAAUCCGGGGACUAGCGGAUGCUCACCCCUCUCUCUUGAUGCAGGCCUUCAUGGUUGGCCUGCGGCCCUCCAGGUUCUUCUGGUCACUCGUGGAGCGGCCCCCCGUCGCGGUCCCCGAAAUGCUCCAACGUGCCAGUCAGUUUAUCGCCGCGGAAACCUGGAUGGCUGGAAAGCGGGAGGAGCACAAAAAGGUCAAGUCAGAAUCGCCCCGACAGCAACAACCUACCGCCUCCCGGCGAAAGUUGGACAGGCCCGACCCCAGGCCUCCUCUUCCCGCCUUGAAUUCUUCCCGGACUGAAAUAUUCUUACACGAGAGAGGGAAGGGGAUGCUCAGGGACCCUCACCCGAUGAAGAACCCGUGGGAGCUCGCAGACCGUUCAAAGUAUUGCCGAUUCCAUCGACAACACGGGCACGACACUAAGCAGUGCUACGAGUUGAAGAGACAAAUCGAGGAGCUCAUCCUCAGAGGUCAUCUCGGCCAAUACCUCCGGCCGAACAAGGAGCAGUCACCUCGCCUAGAAGGCCCUGUCGAGCGACACAUCGAUGUCAUAGCCGGAGGCCCCGCAUCCGGAGGAAAUUCCAUGUCGGGCAGAAAGGCGUACGCCCGGUCCGCUCCCGACGAAGCCUCGGGACACGAGCCCGAGCCCGAGAUCACCUUCCCAACCGGAGCUGCUGAGCGACCCGACCACGACGAUGCCUUGGUGAUAUCGGUAAGGGUAGCCAACGCGCAAAUGAGGAGAAUCAUGGUCGACACGGGAAGCUCGGCCAACAUACUCUACUUCAGUGCCUUUCAGAAGCUGGGCCUGGCCAGGGAAAAUUUAAGCCCGAUCUGCUCAGCGCUCACCGGCUUCACGGGAGAUUCAAUAUCGCCCCUGGGAGCCAUUACCUUGCCUCUGACCGUGGGGACCCCGCCAAGAUCGAAGACCGUAAUGACUACGUUCUUAGUGGUCGACCUUCCCACCGCUUACAAUACCAUACUAGGUCGACCGACCCUCAACAAGGUCAAAGCCGUCGUCUCGACCUACUAUAGGACCGUCAAAUUCCCGACUCGCGAGGGGGUCGGGGAGGCCACCGGAAGCCCCCGAGAGUCCAGGCGCUGCUACCUUACCUCCGUCUCAUUGGGCAAGAGAACUAGGGCCAGGGCGCCCUUGGAAGAUCCGCGGGAAGCGAAGAAACUGGCUCCUCAUCCCGAGCCGAGGGGAUCCACUGUUGACGUUCCUUUGCAGGAAGCGCGACCAAGCCAAACGGUAAGGGUCGGAUCGGAACUGCCCGAACGGGAACGGGAACAGCUCGUCGGUCUUCUGCGGAAAAAUGUCGACAUCUUUGCCUGGUCCCCAUCGGACAUGGAGGGGGUCGACCCAGAGGUCGUAGAGCAUCAUCUCAAUAUCCCACCUGACGCUCGCCCAGUGAAACAAAAACCCCGGCGCCACGCCCCUGACCGACAACGCGUCAUACGAGAGGAGGUGGGCCGACUCUUAGCGGCAUGCUUCAUAGAAGAAGCCAAGUAUCCCCAGUGGUUAUCCAAUGUAGUUCUCGUGAAGAAACACAAUGGAAGCUGGAGGAUGUGCGUUGACUACACCAGUCUCAACAGUGCGUGCCCUAAAGACUGCUAUCCCCUCCCGAAGAUCGACCAGCUGGUCGACGCGAUGGCAGGACACGCACGCCUCUCUUUCAUGGACGCCUAUUCAGGGUAUAACCAGAUCAGGAUGGCGCCCGAAGACAGAGAACGUACGGCUUUCCUCACCGAUCAAGGGAUAUACUUCUACAAGGUCAUGCCGUUCGGGUUAAAAAAUGCCGGGGCCACAUACCAGAGGACGGUAAACAAAAUGUUUGCCCAUCAAAUCGGCAGAAACAUGGAAGUCUACGUAGACGACAUGAUCGUAAAAAGCCGAGAGGCCAGAACGCACCUUGCCGACCUGGCCGAGGCCUUCGCCACGCUACGCAAGUUCCGCAUGCGGCUCAACCCCACAAAGUGCGCUUUCGGCGUCACCUCCGGGAAGUUCCUAGGAUUCAUUGUACACCAGAGAGGAAUCGACGCCGACCCAGAGAAGCGAUUCAACGAAAGACUUGUCGCCCUGUCCUGCUUCCUCGCCCGAGCGGGCGAUCGUUGCCUCCCGCUCUUCAAGGCGCUCAAAAACCCGAAGGAUUUCCAAUGGACAUCGGAAUGCGAGGAGGCCUUAAAGCAGCACCUGGCCAGCCUCCCUCGGCUCACCUCUGUCUCCCCCGGCGAGGAGCUGGGACUCUACCUAGCGGCCUCCCCGCAUGCGGUCAGCUCCGUCCUUGUCAAGGAAAGCUCCGGCCCACAACUACCGAUCUACUACGUCAGCCACGUCCUGAGUGGACCUGAAGAGCGCUACCCGCCGAUAGAAAAACUCGCACUCACCCUGGUGCUCUCGGCUCGGAAGUUGCGCCCUUACUUCCAGGCGCACCCGGUGAAAGUCAUCACCGACCAGCCUCUCCGGCAGGUCUUAACAAAAUUCGAUGUUGCAGGUCGACUCCUCCGAUGGGCCGUGGAGCUCGGUGAACAUGAUAUCAGUUACGCACCCAGGACCGCCAUGAAGGCCCAAGCGGUGGCCGACUUCAUCGCGGAGCUGGCUCCCAUGGACGGAGAUCCCAAGCAAACCCCCGAGGCUUGGAUCCUACACGUGGACGGCUCAGCUAACUCAAGUGGUGCCGGAGCGGGGCUGGUCCUCCUCGCCCCUGACAGACGCUCGUUCGAGCGUUCCCUCCGCUUCGGGUUUAAAGCCACUAAUAACGAGGCGGAAUACGAGGCACUCCUAGCGGGAUUAAGGCUGGCCCUCGAGAUGCAGGUAAACGCAAUACACGUCCUCACCGACUCGCAACUUGUGGCCAAACAGCUCAACGGUGGAUAUGAAGCUCGGGACGCAACCAUGGCCAAGUACCUGGCACGGGUAAGAGACCUAACCGCGAGGUUCCCUUACUUUACAUUAUCUAAUGUCCCGAGGGAGGAAAAUGAGCGAGCCGAUGCGCUCGCUAAGCUGGCGUCAAGACAAACCCCCGAGGCAUGGCCAGAGAUUGAGGAGCUCCCCGCCCGCGCCAUCGAAGUAGCGACUAUGGCCCCAGGCGGUGCGCCGACUACGUGGGUGCAAGAGUUGCUGCGCUUCAAACGGGAUGGAACUCUCCCUCUCGACGAAGUCGCCGCUCGACGUCUAUGCCGCACACACGCGUGGUACGCCGAGGAGGGUGGUCGGCUUUACAAACGGUCCUUCACCCACCCCCUCCUGCGAUGCUUCAAACCUGACGAAGCACAGACAGUCUUGGCCGAAACUCACGAGGGGGUCUGCGGCGAACACAUCGGCGGACGAACCUUGGCGCACAAGAUACUCCGCCAAGGCUACUACUGGCCAACCAUGUGCCGAGAUGCGAAAGCCUACGUGCAGCGGUGCGGAUCGUGCCAGCAACACGCCCGCGCACCCCGACAACCCUCGGUCCCGCUCUCCCCCAUCGACUGCGCAUGGCCUUUUGCCCAGUGGGGGCUGGACCUCCUCGGUCCCUUCCCACCAGCUUCUGGACAGCGGAAGUACAUAAUUGUAGGAGUAGACUACUUCACAAAGUGGGUCGAGGCCGAGCCACUGGCGACGAUCACGGAACAUCAGAUGGAGAAAUUCGUGUGGAAGAACCUUGUAACUCGGUUUGGGUUGCCCAGGGCCAUUAUCACCGACAACGGACCUCAGUUCGCAGGCACAAGGUUUCGGGAAUUCUGCGCCGGUCAUGGCAUUCAACUAAGGUUCAGCUCGGUGGCCCACCCUCAGACGAACGGGUUGGCCAAGGUAACCAACCGGUCCAUCUUGGAUGGCCUCAAAAGAAGAGUGUCAGCGGCCCGAUCGAUCUGGACGGACGAGCUCCCUAGUGUGUUAUGGUCGCUGCGAACCACUCCCAAGACUGCGACUGGAGAAUCCCCGUACAGUUUGACGUUCGGAACCGAGGCCAUCCUACCACCCGAGAUGUCUAUCGCCACGCGUCGGACAAGGAGCUACGACGAGGAAACCUCGAACCAGGGACUUCGCGCCAGCCUCGACGUGCUCGAGGAGCGGCGCGCCGACGCGCACCUGAAGGCCCUCUCUCACCAGAGAGCCGUCGCCAGGGCCUACAACAAAAAGGUGCGACCCCGACCGAUCAUGUUAGGCGAUCUAGUCCUACGAAGGGCCGAGGUCAGCGACCCGACCCGAACGAGGGGGAAGCUGGCCCCCAAGUGGGAGGGACCAUAUCGAGUUGCCGCCGUGGUCCGACCGGGUACGUAUCGACUCACAGCAAUGGACGGUUCCUCCUUGCCGAGAACGUGGAACAUCCAGAACCUCAAAAAGUUCUUUGUCUGA